AUGAAUAUCUUAGCAAAUAUUUAUGCGGAAUCGAAUGAUCCUGAUGAAAGAGAUAAAGGAAAAGAUUCUUUGAAAAAAGUUAAACAACAUAAUGCACGUGAUAUUGAUUCAUGGAUUCAAUUAGCAGAAAUUCUUGAAGGCGUCGAUUCACAAGAUAUGAAGACGGUUUAUUUAUAUUCAUUGGAUGCUUAUAUGACUACAUCAAAAUUAAUUCAUCAAUUUCAUGGAAAAGAUAUUCCAAUAGAAAUGUUUAAUAAUAUGGAUUCAUUAUAUUAUCGUUUAAAUAACUAUGAAGAAAGUCCUCAUCAAGUUGAGCCAGCUUAUGCUAAUUCAAUUCUUAUUACAAUGCAUUAUAAUUCAGCUCGUGUAUGCGAAGCAUCAUUUGAAUUUAAUAAAACUGAAACAUUAUAUAAAGAAAAUUUACGUGAACAUUUCAAAUAUGUUGAUUGUGUAAUUCAUUUGGGUUCUAUGGUACAUGAUCGUGGUCAAAUUUAUAGUGCAUCUGAUUGGUUUAACGAUGCACUGGAAAUUAAUCAUAAUUCACCGACAUGUGAUAAAGAAAG